AGCCAAAAUGAGACCUGGACGGCAGAGGUCUCCACAGCGAAGCCUGGAACUUUGCGAAAUCCGCACGCGACGCUACAGUCACACAGCGCGACAGAGCCCUGUACGUCAUCGUUCCGCGACGCCGACGCGGUGAGAUGACGCCCUCCCGGAAGUGGCCUGUAGGUUGGUAUGUGAAACUGGUAGUCGACGGCUCCUGGGACCAGAGCCCGCGAGGUAGCCCCUGGACUAUUUUUCUACGUAUUCUCUUGAUCCUGGAAGUCUUCCAGAUCCGCGUAGUGAGGAAUCGUCUCCACCAUCAUGGGGGGCGGAGACCUGAAUUUGAAGAAGAGCUGGCACCCGCAGACCCUCCGGAAUGUGGAGAAGGUGUGGAAGGCCGAGCAGAAGCAUGAGGCUGAGCGGAAGAAGAUUGAGGAGCUGCAGCGGGAGCUGCGAGAAGAGAGGGCCCGGGAAGAGAUGCAGCGUUAUGCCGAGGAUGUUGGGGCCGUCAAGAAAAAAGAAGAAAAGUUGGACUGGAUGUACCAGGGUCCUGGUGGGAUGGUGAACCGUGAUGAGUACCUGCUGGGGCGCCCCAUUGACAAAUAUGUUUUUGAGAAGAUGGAGGAGAAGGAGGCAGGCUGCUCUUCUGAAACAGGACUCCUCCCAGGCUCUAUCUUUGCCCCAUCAGGUGCCAAUUCCCUUCUUGACAUGGCCAGCAAGAUCCGGGAGGACCCACUGUUCAUCAUCAGGAAGAAGGAGGAGGAGAAAAAACGAGAGGUAUUAAAUAUAUCCAUGAAAAUGAAGAAAAUCAAAGAAUUGUUGCAAAUGAGUCUGGAAAAAAAGGAGAAGAAGAAAAAGAAGGAGAAGAAAAAGAAGCACAAGAAACAUAAGCACAGAAGCUCGAGUAGUGAUCGUUCCAGCAGUGAGGAUGAGCACAGUGCAGGGAGAUCUCAGAAGAGGAUGGCAAAUUCCUCCCCUGUUUUGUCCAAAGUCCCUGGAUAUGGCUUACAGGUCAGGAACUCUGACCGUAACCAGGGUCUUCAGGGUCCUCUGACAGCCGAGCAAAAGAGAAGGCAUGGGAUGAAGAACCAUUCCAGAUCCAGAAGCUCCUCCUACUCACCCCCCAGACAUGCCAGCAAGAAGAGUACCAGGGAAGCAGGGUCCCGGGACAGGAGGUCUCGAUCCCCGGGCAGAAGGUCAUGGUCCCCAAGGCCCAGCAAACCGCACAACUCUAAGGUGAACAGGAGAGAGACAGGUCAAACUAGGAGCCCAUCACCUAAAAAAGAGGUCUACCAACGGCGACAUGCUCCCGGAUAUACCAGAAAGCUCUCCGCAGAGGAAUUAGAGCGAAAACGGCAAGAGAUGAUGGAAAACGCCAAAUGGCGGGAGGAGGAGAGACUGAACAUCCUCAAGAGGCACGCUAAAGAUGAGGAACGGGAGCAGAGGCUAGAGAAGCUGGACUCCCGGGAUGGGAAGUUCAUCCACCGCAUGAAGCUGGAGAGUGCAUCUACUUCCUCCCUGGAGGAUCGGGUGAAGCGGAAUAUCUACUCUCUACAGAGAACUUCGCUAGCUCUGGAGAAGAACUUUAUGAAAAGAUGAAAACUGUCCCCUCUCUUAUUGGUUUUCCUGCAUUUUCCAGGGAAGCUGCUGACCCCUUAUUUCUCUUUAUAAGAGUUCGAAUGACUUCUUUCACAGAUAUCAAACCACCACUGUUCAAAGUGACCCUGCUCCAUCGAGUCCUGGAACAGCUCACUUCCUUUGUGAGCUAGUGUAACUUGCUUUGUGGGACACUCAGUAACUUUGGGUUUUGACUCUUGAAUGGGUGGGCACGGGACCAUCUUGGUGGGAGUGCUUGUGCCGCUCUGGAAGGCUGUUCCCUGUGGUUGUGAUGUUUAUCAUGCCGCUUCCUUCUUACCUGUGCCAACAGACCUAUUUCACUGCCUCAGUGUACACCAGACCCUUCAGAAACCUCUCUGGUGUCACCCAGAUAGAUUAUGCUUACUGAGACAAAUUCAUGUUUACUUGAUUCAGAAGAUAAUGUUGCCGGGCGCGGUGGCUCACGCCUGUAAUCCCAGCACUUUGGGAGGCCAAGGCAGGUGGAUCACGAGGUCAGGAGA